GCAGCUCGUAUAGCACGAUGUCGCUCCUCGCGCCCAUCAUCUGCGACAAUGGGACCGGAUACUCGAAAGUGGGCUUUGCAGGAAACUCGGACCCGUCCUUUGUUUUUCCGACCGCGAUCGCCACGCGUGGACCCGCCUCUCAGGGAAGCAGGACAGGUCCUGCCGUGCCGGCAAAGCCUGGCAACCUCGCGUCCAAACGUGGUGUCGAGGACCUUGAUUUCUUCAUCGGAGACGAGGCGCUCGCGAACGCCAAAACCCCCGGAUACGGCAUAAAUUAUCCAAUUCGCCAUGGUCAGAUUGAUAACUGGGAUUACAUGGAGCGUUAUUGGGAGCAGACCAUCUUCAAGUAUCUUCGUGCAGAGCCUGAGGAUCACUACUUUCUCUUGACUGAACCUCCUCUCAACCCUCCCGAGAAUCGCGAGCAGACCGCAGAAAUCUUUUUCGAGUCCUUCAACAUCCAAGGGCUCUAUAUCGCUGUUCAAGCUGUUCUUGCUCUUGCGGCCUCGUGGUCCUCAAACCAAGUCACUGAUCGUACACUGACUGGUACUGUUAUCGACUCUGGCGAUGGUGUUACGCACGUCAUUCCAUGCGCUGAGGGUUAUGUCAUCGGCAGUGCCAUCAAGCACAUUCCCAUCGCCGGUCGCGAUAUCUCGCAGUUCGUACUCAACCUUAUGCGUGAGCGUGGAGAGAUGGCGAACGUGCCUCCGGAGGACCAACUCAAGGUUGCGGGUAAAGUGAAGGAGAACUACAGCUAUGUAUGCCAAGAUAUCGUGAAGGAAUUCCGGAAGUACGAUGCCGAGCCAUACAAGUUCUUCGAGAGGUAUGAGGGCGAGUACUCCGUUACUGGGAGGAAAUACUCCGUGGACGUAGGCUACGAGCGAUUCCUUGCCCCUGAGAUAUUUUUCAACCCUGAAAUCUACUCUUCGGACUUUUUGACUCCACUACCAGAGAUUGUCGACGGCGUCAUCCAAGCUUCCCCCAUCGACGUUCGCAGAGGCCUGUAUAAGAAUAUUGUUCUCUCUGGAGGCUCAACAAUGUUCCAACACUUUGGUCACCGUUUGAAACGGGACCUGAAGCAGCUGGUUGAUCAGCGUUUGGAGGCGAGCGCUGUUUCAAGCGGCAGCGUGCAGAAGUCUUCAGGUGUUGACGUCAAUGUUAUCUCACACAAACGCCAGCGCUAUGCUGUAUGGUUUGGCGGCUCUCUCCUUGCAUCUCUUCCCGAGUUCUAUUCGUCGUGUCAUACCAAGGCACAGUAUGACGAGAUUGGCCCAAGCAUUUGCAGGCGUUACCAGAUAUUCGGCAGUGCGACAUAGAGAGGAGAGCCUUGGGAAGUAAUGUACGUUUUGUCAGCUCAUGGACUAUGGAAACCCAAAUUGUUUUUGAAAAGUGG